AUGCGACUGCGGGGGAGUCUUUUCUCAUUGGCCCGGUGUUUCAUGAUCUUUAUAUUACUUUGGAAAGAGCUUCAUUCCUUGUCGCUACACCUAUACCUACAUCAAAGCGGUAGUUUUGAAGCAUUUUCCCGACAUCUAUAUUGUGUAUAUUGUAUAUACAACUUCAAUAUGAGGAGCUUUACGUCUCAAAUCCAUAAAAACAGUAAUGUGAGCGAAACCACGUGA